UUAGUAAAAGAACGAAGAGAGCAGUUGGUUUGAGGAGCGCAGACGAGUGCCAUCAUACGAGUUCUUUGCAAAAGACUUCUUAAGAGGAAUAAUGAGGAACAUUUGGAUAUUCCUGACACUUUCAGCAGCUGUCUGCUUGUCCAGCGACAAGGUACUGGUCUCCGGUCAGUCCCCUGCCUCAACUGAUGACAUCUAUUUGGAUGACCAGCAGUCUGGUGACUAUCCUUUAGAUGAUGAUGACUUCACUUCUGGUUCAGGAUCUGGUUCUAGUGACACAGAUGAUGACGAAGACACUUCCACGGUAAUUGUGCGGUACCCAGAAUUCAAAGCAGAUUCUACUCAGGAGCCCGUCUACAGCAGCAGCCCUAGCUUGGAGUCCUCCAUCAGCACAGACACAUUCAUUGAUUCAGACUUCGGACCAGAGAUCUCUGACUAUCAGACAGAAAAGCCCCAGGUCACCGUUGAAUCCACCAGCUCACCGAGUGUUGUACAAGACGCUGACCCGCUUCAUGAGGUUCGCACAGAAAAUCUCUUCCAAAGGACAGAAGUGCUGGCAGCUGUUAUAGCCGGCGGAGUGAUUGGCUUCCUGUUUGCCAUCUUCCUCAUCCUCCUUCUGGUUUACCGUAUGAGAAAGAAGGACGAGGGGAGCUACGACCUUGGAGAGCGCAAGCCUCCCAGCUCAGCCUAUCAGAAGGCUCCGAGUAAAGAGUUCUACGCCUGAAUGACCAAUCAUUGCCAACAGUAACAUUUUUAUGACAACCAACUCCUCUCCAAGAGUAAUGGUGGAUCGGUAGCACAUCAAGGGGGACACAUUUUUACGGGGGAACCUUUACUUAUUUAAAAAUGUAACAAAAAGUAAUUUUGCUUCGGAAAGCCAACCGGGGCUUGUAUUUUCUUUUUUUUGGGAUCAAAAACGUCAACGAUUGUUUCUCUAUGGUUUUUGAAACCAGUUGUUGUCAGUGUAUGAAGGUAAAUCAUUGCUCACAGGUUUUAGUCAUUGACUAGUUUGUAACAGUAGAGGUACGCUUUAUUAAAGAACAAGACAAUUCCGGGAUGUACAGUAAAUCCUGGGUUACAUCUGAUACCUUUAAUUUUCCACUGAUUACAUUUCAGUAACUUAUCUCAGUGUGGACUUUAUCAGUAACUUAAUUUUCAUCUCAUCAUUUUUGUAAAGGGUUUUUCUCCCUUGGAUUGUGCCAUUAUGUUCUUCAGUCAAAAUGAAUGUUUGUAUUUCCAUCUGGCCGAUAUCAAAUCAUCACACAUUUUUUUCAGAAUGUUUAAAUGUAUUUUCUUAUAUCAUGUUUCUAAUGUAGUUGGUUCAGUGUCAAGUCCCUGAAAGUUCAAAUUCUACUUUGCCUGAAGCCAAGAACACACUGCGCUAUACUUGUACUCCUUUAUUCUCUCUCUUUUCAUGUCAAGCAAUCAUGCAGGUUAAAGUCUCUUCGAAAAAUCAGUUGUACUUGACUG